GACGGCUCUUGUUGUUGUUGUCAUCAGCUCGCGCCCGGAUGAGGCUGGUCAGUCGGCUAAACCAAACUCCGCGAAAUGAGGGGCUAAAUCUAGAUAGAAUGGAGAUUAUCAGGAGCUGGACGCAGUCAGUUCGACAGGAUAUAUGUCCAGAAACGAGACAUAUCGGGUCUAACGAGAUCAAAAGUUACGUUAGUGCUGGGAAAUACAUUUGUGGGCAAGUUUGCUAACGUUAGUUGUUAGCCGUCGUUAGCUCGACAAGUAGAGGCAGUGUUCUAAGUAAAGAAAUUGGCAGGAGCUUUUAUCCAAAGUACAUAUUCACUUGUUUUCAGUUUUUCUGGAAAUGAUUAAAUACGACCAGUAAGGUAGGAAAAUUAAUUCAACUGAUGUCAACGAACUGCAUAGGACAAGAUAAGAAGUGGUUAAACAUUGACAGGCCCGCUGUUACUCUACAUAAAGAGUUAAUUAUAUUUUAAAGGGGCUAAAAGAGCAGGUUUUGAAAAAAAUACCUCUUUAAAUGGGGGGAAACUGGAUCAGAAAAGAAACAAAUAGUUGUGGUGGGUUUGUCAUGGCUCUGGCAGCUGUGAUCUUCUCUUGCCUUUUGAUUGGAGUCACUGGUCAAGAUGGACAAGCAAUGACUGCAGAGGAAAAGUCCCAAAUCAGGGACCAAAUUCUAGAGAUGUUUGAUCAUGCCUAUAACAGUUACAUGGACUAUGCCUACCCAGCAGAUGAGUUAAUGCCCCUCAGCUGUAGAGGAAGGGUGAGAGGGCUGGAACCCAAUCGAGGAGACAUUGAUGACUCUCUGGGAAAGUUCUCUUUAACAUUAAUAGACACUUUAGAUACUCUUGUGUUGUUAAACAAACUGGAUGAAUUUGAGGAGGCUGUGAAGAAGACAGUGCAAGACGUCAGAUUUGAUAAUGACAUAGUCGUCUCUGUCUUUGAGACCAAUAUCCGUGUGCUGGGUGGCUUGUUGGGUGCACAUGUGAUGGCAGAUGUUCUAAAGCAGCGUGGAGAGAGGAUGCAGUGGUACAGAGAUGAACUGCUACACAUGGCCAAAGAACUGGGCUACCGCCUCCUGCCUGCCUUUAACACCACCAGUGGCCUUCCGUAUCCUCGGGUAAAUUUGCGCUAUGGAGUCGUCAACCCCCUUUCUCGGACAGGAACCGAGUCAGACACUUGUACUGCUUGUGCAGGCACAAUGAUUCUGGAGUUUGCAGCUCUCAGCCGACUGUCUGGGGACCCAAUAUUUGAGGAACAUGCUAGGAAAGCUAUGGAUGUCCUCUGGGAGAAAAGGCAAAGAGGAAGUGACCUUGUCGGCACUGUGAUCAACAUCCACAACGGAGACUGGGUUCGCAGAGAUAGUGGUGUUGGUGCUGGAAUUGACUCUUAUUAUGAAUACUUGAUGAAAGCUUAUAUUCUUCUUGGGGAUAAGGUGUACCUUAACAGAUUCAACACACACUAUAGUGCCAUUAUGAAGUACAUAAGCCAGCCUCCUCUGCUGCUCAAUGUGCACAUGCACAACCCCACCGUAAAUGUGCGAAGCUGGAUGGAUUCCUUGCUUGCCUUCUUCCCUGGGCUACAGGUUCUGAGAGGAGACUUGAAACCUGCCAUAGAGACGCAUGAGAUGCUGUACCAAGUGACUAAACAGCACAAUUUCCUCCCUGAGGCCUUCACCACUGAGUUCAGAGUUCACUGGGGCCAGCACCCGUUGAGACCAGAGUUUGCUGAAAGCACAUAUUUCCUUUACAAAGCCACAGGUGAUCCUUACUAUUUAAAAGUAGGCCAGUCUAUAGUGGAGAAGCUGAACACUCAUGCUCGGGUCCCUUGUGGCUUCGCUGCCGUACAGGAUGUGAGGACUGGAACGCAUGAGGACAGGAUGGAUUCCUUCUUCCUGGCUGAGAUGUUUAAGUACCUCUACCUGCUUUUCUCAGAGAAGAGCCAGUUGCCUAUAAACAUCGAUGAUUAUAUUUUCACUACUGAGGCUCAUUUGCUCCCAGUAUCUCUGUCUACAACCCAACCGCCCUGCCAUACCAACAACACAGAACCUCAAGCUCAUGAAGACGAUUUAUUUUCAUAUUCGUGCCCCAGUGCUCAAACCCUGUUCCCUAACAACCCCACCUUUGCCAAGACAAUCAGGGACAGCUAUAAAUACCUCACCGGUGUGGGAAGAUCCCAGCAGGCAUCACCUAUCAGGGGGAUUGAACUGCCUCUUCAUGACACGGGCCUGGAGCCAGUCGAGUUUCUGAAAAGCAUGGGCAUCUCUCUGACACCCCUCACUGAGCUGGUCUCCGCCAGCCAAGGCUCAGCAUUUCAGGACUCUCAGAAGGGUGUGUACAAGUUAAAGCUGGUUGCUGAGGUGAGCCAAACACCUGAGCAUGAGGAAGUGGUGCCACUAAUUGUGCAGCUCAUUUCCCCUCCGUUUUUGGGUCGAACAGUCCUUACGGCUGGUCCAGCAAAGUUUGGAAUGGAUCUUACCAAACAAGAGCAUGGGGUGAAAGGCAGCAUUGUGAAGAGUGUUCCCUAUACGGCAUGUGGCCCGAUUGAAAACGCAGCAGAGCUGCAGGGACACAUAGCACUGGCAUUGAGAGGAGACUGUAUGUUUGCUGCCAAAGCUCGGCGCCUGCAGGAAGCAGGAGCCACCGGAGUCAUCUUCAUUGAUCACAGAGAGGGCAGCAGCAGUGCUGAGACUCCACUCUUCCAGAUGGUUGGAGAUGGAGAGCCUACAAAUGACAUCACAGUUCCCCUGGUGUUCCUCUUCAGCAAAGAGGGAGCUACACUCACUGCCGCUCUGAAAGAACAUCACAAUGUGGAUAUCCUCCUGCUACCCAAAGAGAAACAACUAGGAAAAGAAAAACCUGAGAAGUUAAAUAUUAAGUUCCGUUUAGCUAAGGAAGGAGAGCUUGCCGAGGGUGAGACUGAAAGCACUACCAUUCAGCUGGUGCUGGAGCAAAGCGAGACUGACACAGAGACGAACAAUGAGGCCGCAUCGUUGAUGAGGGAAAACCAGGAAACCUGCAGCUCUCCGCAGAAAGACCCUGAGAGCAGCCCCUGACAGCGGGAUCAGCGGGGACCACGGUCCUCUUCACAGUACGCAGGGCUGUUGCUCCCUGUCACCUAUCUCAGAUCAGAAAAUGCAGGCUGUUCUAUGGAAAAUGUUUCGGCUAAGCCUGGACUGCACCAUCUGAGCUCCUCACAGGGGGAUCACAAGUCCUCCUGUGUUAAGAUGGUCUUAUCUUGCAUAGUUGGAACUAUAUUGGUCCGCACAGAGUGAGAUGGUACGACGCGUGAAGCUCCUGUCUCUCUGAUAUCGUGGUAGUUGCAAUAGAUUCUUCUCAGUUGUCUACAAUUGAAAAGCAUCAGUUUGGGAUAUUAAAGAGGUGUACAAGAUUCUCUCACGCCACUUUAUGUGAAUCAGACUUUAUUUGAAUGUUUCUCUUUCUUUUUCUUUCACUGCGGAUCACUGGUUCUCAGUCCUGUGCGGGGUUUUUUAUUAUAUGUAAUGCAUUCUUAAAGUGUAUGUGGCUUGAAGUCUUCAGGACAUCCAUAACACAGGGCUCCUAUGACCAAACCCAAAAAAACAGUGUUUAAAUGAGGGAGAAUGGACCAGUAAAACAUAGUUUAACAUGUUUUCGAUACAGAAACAUCAGGGAAAUCAAUGAUCUGACUUGAACAUGUUUGCAUGUGUGUGUGCGGAAGGCAUGUAUGGUGGCCUUUAUCAUUAUGUCACAGACUCUGUGCAUUUCAUCAUGUGCCAAUACUAAAUAUUUGUGUAUGUGUGUGCAUAUUCGCAGCCAAUGCAUUCAUCUCACUUUCAUGUAGCGACUGGUCAAGGGAUGUUUUUGAGAGAGAGUUGCCCUUUCCUCUACCAAAAACAUGCGUCUGUCAUGAAGGCCCAGGACACAGGCAGAUUAUAUAGUGACAGAUGUUUUUGUGAAAUGACAAAACCAUUUCUGCUGUCAGGGUGAUGAUGAAAAUGAGUUGUAUAUAUUUAGAUUUGUCUUAUUUUGCAAUUUUUGACUGCCUCCUUUGUCACUCGCACAGCUUCACCAUCACACUAGAGGUGCUGCUUACACUAGAUUCACCCUUUCUACAUAUCAACCGAGAAUAUUUCAAAUGCAUCAAUGUUAUUAUACUAGCUUUUGCAUUGAGUGUCACAGCCAUAAUGUAGCUCAAGAGUUUAAUACAAUCUGUUGCUUUAUAGCAUGCAGAGAACGGUUAUAUCCGCCCCAGACCUUUUCAUUUCAAGUCUUAAUUAUAAUGUACACCUUGUAUUUUGUCACUGAUGGCUGUUCUCAAAAGGAUGUCAACCUGUGUACCUCUUGUUUCACAAAGGGCUUAUGACUGAUUCACUUAAAUGUGGGGGCAUAAUAUAGAUUAGAUGGGAUUAUAUUUAUUUCUUAAAAUAUUUUCUAUACAUUAAAUUGAGAUGAAGAUGCUUGUCAUAAGGGUCGGCUGAAGCAUUUCUCGAGGGCCAAAGUGAUGUAAUAUUCUGUUGCUGCGACAGAACAAGAUUUUUAUAGCGUCUUUUUAAUAGCUGUUUUGUAUUGACUGAUGAAAUAUUAGUACUUGCCAUUAAAAUCAAGUUUAUGA